CACAUCCAUGAAAUGGUUGUUAAUGUAUUCUAGGAGUGAAACUAGGGGAACUAGCGACACAUCCAUGAAAUGGUUGUUAAUGUAUUCUAGGAGUGAAACUAGGGGAACUAGCGACACAUCCAUGAAAUGGUUGUUAAUGUAUUCUAGGAGUGAAACUAGGGGAACUAGCGACACAUCCAUGAAAUGGUUGUUAAUGUAUUCUAGCCUUUACUUAUUACACGUAAACAAACAACUCAUGCUUGUGGUUGAUGUUCUGUUUCACUAGGAGAUUUUCGUACAUGGCAAAUGUGUAACUAGGUCAGCUUGUUGGUGUCUCCGGUGCAUUGACUACAGAAAGUGUUCUAAAGUUCACUGCAAAGGAUUGGUGGAGUGCUUUUUAGCAUUGCAGAAUCACAUGGUUAAAUCUCUACCUUUUGUAGCUUUGAAUUAGUUCGCAACGUUAAAAACUCAUUUUAGCGUCCUUAGCAUUGUUUAGUUGAUCGCGAAAGUCUCCGAUAGCUUUUGAUGUGUCACUUUCAGAUUCCAUUGAGCUGCCUAUUGGAAAAUGGAAUGGGUUUUUUUCUAAAGUAUAUUUUGAUUAUUAUUAGAACAGUAGUUGAUCAGUUACCUCUCUUCUUUGAACAGGGCUAGCUGUUGAUUGGUCGACAGGUAACUUGUACUGGUCGGAUUCAAGUUUUAGAAGAAUCAUGGUAGCCAAUCAGGAUGGCAAAUAUCCUAGUGUCUUACAUUACUCGGAUACAGCUCAUCCUGAAGCAAUAGUUGUACAGAGUCAACUGAGAUACCUAUUCUGGAUAGAAACAUUCAAAGACACGUAUCAGAUUCAAAGAUCAAACCUUGACGGCAAAAAUAAAAUUACUCUGAUAAAUAAGUCUCGUCUGAUGCAUAACCCUGAACAUCUGGCUAUUGAUAUUUGGAAAAACAGAUUGUGUUGGACCAAUGGAAAUCAAAUAUGUUGCUUUACUUUUGAUGGAGAGGUGUUAGAUCGAUGUUUUGACGUUCAGAAUUCUGUUCAGUCUCUGGAUAUAAUGCAUGGUCUGAUGAUAAUGACAGAGACACUGGGAGGUCUAAAAGUUUCUGAAUUUAAUAAUUACAUUCCUUCAGGGCCUAUGACUUCACCAACAUUUUAUUCAGGAAUAAAUUUCACUGAUGUAAUUUACUAUCAUGUUUCCAAACAAACCUUAGCAUCAGAUCCAUGCAUGAAAGAUUUAGCCUCCACCAGAAAUGAUUCGGAAAUCAAAGGUCAGGCAAAUUUUGACAGACAUUGUUCUCACCUUUGUCUGCCUUCAUAUGAAUCAUCAAAAUGUGUGUGUAUGACAGGCUACUGGCUGAAGUCUAACGGAGAAUGCUGGGAAGGUGUUGUCGAGAAUAACUUUUGGUUGUUCAGUGACCUUCAGACUGGGCAGAUGUUUCGUCAGUUUGCCCUUCUCCCAGAUUACUACACGGUUUUAACACCUGGUCGUUUCCAUUUUAUAGAUGUGACUAUUGACAGUAUAGAGAAAAGAAUGUACUGGGUGGAUGCUAAUAGUAAUAUAGUUUAUUCUCAGCUUUUAAAUGGAACUCAGCUACGUGUCAUAUUCAUUGGAAAUGAAACAUUUCAUAUUGCAAAAAUUAAGAUGGCAGCACGACCUCAUUUACUUUAUAUUAUUUCCAAGGCUGGAGAGGUUCUAGUGUUUAGUUUACUCUCUGGCUAUUAUCGUCGCAUUUUACAGGAAGUAAAAUGGAUGAUACGUCACAUUGAUGUUGACGAAGAAAACAGGCUCUUGUACAUGACAGCCAUCUUAAACACAGCGACAGAUAAAACGUCCGUGAUACUUGGCGCCAUCUUGUGCUCUUGCAUGGACGGAAGUGAAGCAAAAACUGUGUAUGUCUAUAAUGGAAGUCCAUUGGGGAUAGUUUUGUAUAAUAAUAGUUUAUUUUGGGUUGAUCCAAUUGAACACAUGAUACUGAUGGGGAAAAACGUAGGAAAAGUAGUUCAGGUUCAGCCAGUUGUAAGACUCACUGGUGAUGCUUACCCUGAAAAUAUUGUAGUGAAAGGUGAAGAGGUGUUUUUCACUGAUAAAACAAAGCAAGCCCUGCAAAGAUUUCAUUUAAACAGCUCAGCUAUGAUUUCCAAUGCUGGUUAUCCUUACAUGAACAGAAUAGCAGGGUUAAGCUUCUACGAUUCAAGUAUCGUCCUAAAGCCUGACAAGCCAACACAUUGUAAUGGGAUCUGGGUUCCUAAACCCAACAGCCAAACAGUUUGUGUCUGUGAUGAUGAGCCCAAGAAUGUCACUGACGGCCAAUGUUUUCAUGUUAAUAGCGUGAUACAAAAAGUAGCGGCUAGUCUAGGCAUGUGCAUGGUCAAGCCUCAACCAAACGCCAGUGUCAUUGGUGAAAACGUUGGUAACUAUGUGACACAUGGAAAUGUUCUUACAGUUUCCUGUAACCCAGGAUUUAUAUUCAGUAAGACAAACAAUCAGAAUGAGACCAGGGUGUGCUCUCAGGGCCAGUGGUCAUCUCGAGAUAGUUGUGUGUCAGUGAUGAAGUUCACCAUAACAGGUAACAGCAGCCAUGGCUAUGUUGCGCUCAAAGAAUCGACACUGUUUAUUGUUCCUCAAGGCAUAUUUUACGUAGAUGUCGUAUGUAUUGGAGGUGGCGGAGGUGGGAUUGAUGCAUGCAAUAAGAGCUCAUUUCAAAACGAUUCUCAAGCUGGCGAUGGUGGAUUGUCGUCAUUUGGAAGUUACUUACGGGCUAAUGGCGGUCAUGGAGGCUCUCUGGACAAAGGUGGUAAAGGCGGAGUUGGAAAAACAUUGUUUGGUGGUGAUGGUCUCCUGAGCUAUAAUUGUCAGGGUGGUGGCGCUGCUGGGCAGACUGAGCCUGCAGAUGUAUGCAAACUAAGCCAGACGUCUUGUCUCUUUUGUGGCGCUGGUGGAGCCAUGAUCAAAUGCUCAAACUGCUUUUCCCGCAGGGGCGGCUGUGGAGGUGUAGGAAGCCAAAAGGGUCCAGAAGAAGGGGCUGCAGACAACUAUGGAGGCGGUGCAACAGGUCUUUUUGGAGGUGGGAGUGGGGGAGGCGGAGGCUACUCUAGAGGCUUGAUAAAAGUAUUUCCGCAACAACAAAUACACAUUAAAGUGGGAUUAGGAGGAACCCCGUCGGCAAGGGCUGCUGGAGAUGGAAUAGUUGUCGUAGGCUGGGGCUCCAGACUUGAGAAACUCAUUGAUAAAGCUUGGAAGAAAUCUACUGGACCUUGCAAGUCUAUUAUCUACAAAUCAUAUAUAUCCUUCGAUAAGUGUAAUACUUAAAUUAUUUAUUUCAUUUGCUGUAUAUGUAAACCUGCUUUAAAAAAAGUAUGUUACAUUUAUUCAUAUCAAGUUUCUAUUUAAAAUAAGUUUGCUUUUUUUUUUAAAUGUGGCCCAUCUCAAUUUUUAUUGUCAUUUAACUUCAAUAUGUGUAUUAUUGUUACUAUAAUGUAAAUCUGGUUAUGAAUAAAUUUAAUUUAAGUCUA